AUCUAGACUCGAAAGUAUUUGGUGCAAUGGACUUCUCUAUCAGCACUCUGCUCUGCCUGAUCCUUUCCUAUUGCCUCUGGGAUGCAGAUGCCCGAGCCUAUAAUUCUGUUAUUGUGGUGCCAAAUGGAGGUCCUUGGGGUAUAUGGGGAGACAUUCAUUUUUGCCCCCAAGGCUAUGCCAAAGGUUUCUCACUGAAGGUGGAACCCAGUCAAGGUAGAGGGGAUGAUACAGCCUUGAAUGGAAUACGUCUACAUUGUUCUGAUGGAUCAACAAUAGAGUCUAAAGUUGGAGCGUGGGGAGUUUGGACCGGGAUUCAAUAUUGCCCCCAAGGCAAUCUGGUCGCUUACUCUAUGCAAGUGGAAGGAAUCAAAGGAAGAGGUGAUGAUACAGCAGCCAAUAACAUCCAGUUCACCUGUGAAGAUGGUACUGCACUCAUCGGGAACGGAGGACCCUGGGGUCAGUUUGGCCCAUGGAGCCCUCGCUGCCCUCAAGGCUCCAUCUGUGGAAUCCAGACAAAGGUGGAGGAUCCCCAAGGGGAUGAUGAUGACACGACCCUUAAUGAAGUAAAGUUCUUCUGCUGCGACUAAACCAGAAGCAUUUUCCUCCCAAGAACUGACCAUCUUUUCAUCAAUAUGUGAGAACCAGCAUGGUGUAGUGGCUUGGGUGUUGAUCUGAUCUCCCCGAUUGUUAUGUGGUCAGCUUUAUCUGUCUUUGUCAGAUGCUUUGUCGGUUAUCUCUCCUAUCUGUAAUAGUUGUCUAAUCAAAAUGUCCUAGCAAUUCAUAGGAGGGAUGCAGCCCUUCAUCGAUCUUGGCCUUAAGCCAUUCUGAGCUUUAUAGAAAAGAGUUGGUCUUGGAAACAAACUGAAAGCUAUUAUAGCUGUUUCAAGACUGUUGAAAAGCCUUUGAAUAAUUUGUUAGAAAAUAAUUCACUGCCCUUGAUUCAUUAAAAUGAUCAAAAUCAAUUAUUUUACAUUUUUAUGUCAACCAUGUGAAAUUUUUAGAAUAGCAAUUUAUGUUUCGCAUUAUGUUACUUGUGGGAGUAAUUUGUUGAUUAGGUUUUAGUUUUUAAAAAUAAUGUAAUAAGUUUUCAAAUAUAAUGUAAUAAUGAU